AUGUGCAACCUUACCGUUGACGAUGAAGAUAUCUGCAUGGACAGAUCACCGUGCACAUGUGCAAUUCGUCAGUGUCGCUCGGAGCACUCUACUAAACAUUCGAGUCACACCCACCUAAAUAACCAAAUUGAUGGCCUAUUCUGGCAUCUAGGUCAAGUUACGCCGCCCACGGAUAAGGCUCGCAAUUUUAAUCGCACCUAUUUGGAACAGCCAGGUGCUUUUGAUACACACUUCGGCAACGAUUCGGGGCCUUUUCCGGCGCUACUUCCCAGCAGUGACGAUGAUCGGCUUUCAACGAUACCCCAAUGUACGGGACCUACCGAUCCGCUAAACCUACCCGCGAGGUUCCCUGCAAACAACAGCCUAUUCGGAGAGCCACCAUUCGAGGCUCCUGAUGUGCACUUGAACGUUGAUCUUAGUUAUUCUACUGCACAUCUGCAUUCUCUCCUUGCAAGCCCGCCCCUCGAGUCUAGUGCAGAAUCUGGUCCCAAUAGCAGCUCUGAUUUUUCCAUGGACUAUGCCCUUGGUUCUGAUAAUUCCGAUGACCCGACGUUGGAUUACUCGACGCUUCCGAAUCGUCUGCCCGCCCACAACCAUGUCCCCUCUUCGUCUCUCUCUACUCUGCCUUUUGGCUCCGAGAGCUCACUAACUAACCCUGUUACAACGCCACCACCCCCUACAAGGAUGAUAUCUUCUUGUCUCGCUGAAGGCCGCCCUCCUUGCAUUAUUACUGCGACCCGAAAUCUCAGCUUACUCCACAUCCGCCAGAACAGUUGCCUUUCUCUUCAAAAUCGUCGCAGCAGCUACAGAAGCCAGGCUGCCAGUGGUCCUGAACUAGCACGCAUGUCAGGGUCUGUCCUCAAAGACAACAAAGAUAUUGGCAUGUCAGUUUGCCGCAUGCUACAAUGCGGAUGCGCCCUUCGUCCUCAGAAUCAGGUUCUGUUAGCACUGCUCUGCUCUCGACUCGCGGUGUGGUAUCGAGCGACGAUCAGCGCGUGCUUUUCCCGACGCCCUGGUAGCUCCCCUGGCGGCGAAGACCACAUUGACGAGCGCAGAUCCUCGCCAGAGAAAGUGAUAUAUCAGGCUGUCACUAUUGGAGAUCACACUGUGGACGAUUUCCCUUUGGAUUGGGAUAUCCAGGCUCGAGUGAUACUCAAGGAGCUCGGACACCUGCAGCGUCUGGUCAAUAACCUUUCAGCUCGUAUCAAGCAGACUGGUACGUCACACUCAAUUGGGCCAGAUGCCAAUGCCAAUGCCCCCUCUUUUGGAUUGCCCGCAGUCGCACAUGACCGACUAGUGGCCCACCUGUCGAGGGAGGUCGAAGCGGCUCAGAAUGAUUUAACUACGGCUUGGCGUGAACACCAGAAAUUUCAAAUAUAA